GCGCGAAAUAUCACUUCCCGUCAUACCCCGGGCGCAGUGGGUGACAGUAAAAUUCAAGAUGGAGGCUGAGCUGGUAGACGUCACCGGCACUUCCGCACGGAAACCCACGGUUAUACGCCGCGGGACGGCAGGACCAGGUCGGCCUGCCCCUACUGCCCCUGCCAGACCAGCCCCUGCACCUCCACGGCCAGCUGCCAGGACUUCCAUACCAGAAAAAACAGAGUCUAUAAAACGGGAUGCAGCAGCAAAACCAACAGCAGUGUCCAGAAAACCUAGUAUCCCUCCAUCCAGUAAACCUAAACCUGCAGCUGGCAAACGGAAACUAGAAAUCACUAUAGUGUCGGCCCAACCCAUGACAUCUAGCCAGAUGACUGCCUUUAACACAGGUGGAUCAGUUGUACCUCCAAGUAAACCUGUUACCACCCAGGACCAGCCCAACACUGCAAUGAAGAAGAAGUCGGCGCCCCCACCCAAACCCCCACCCCCAACACGCCCUCCCCCUCCAUCUGUGAAGUCUUCCACUGGAGGGAAACCAGGCCCUACAAUUCUCAGACCGAAGCCUGUGACCAAUAAAAGCUCCAAGCCUGCCCGCCCCCCUCCCGCUAGUAAGAAGGUCCCUGCAGAGAACCCACCGAGCUAUAACGAUGUCCUGAAAGAGAUCCACCAAGAGUCUCCCCAGACGGCGCUUCUAAUGGCAGAACUGGGUCCCAACUUCACCAUGGCACCAGCGCCCCAACCCCAACCCCCCCGCCCCGUCACCUGGUCAUCAUUCCCCCCAGAGGAAACCACUCAAACCGGCUGGGCAAGUUUUGACGACAGCACGGUUCCCAAACGUUCCGAUCCACCCUCGGUCCCGCCGCCACCCCUUCCGUCCAGCAGGCCCAGAAAAGCGUACAAACACCCGGGAAAGACGUCGGCGGACUCGUCUCGAAGCGGAUCCCCUGCCAAUGAGUUAGAGAAUGUUGAGAAUGCGAAACCGCCCGUCCCGAUGCAAAGGCCUCUGUCUCUGGACAGCACGUCUUCGGAGUCGAGUUCUGGGAAGGUCCCGCCCCCGGUUCCGUCUACCAGGCCUCAGAAGAGAGCCAGUGUCAGCAGCAUCAGUAGUGCAGGGUCGGAGGUGUUGAGCUAUGGGUUACCUGAUGUCAUACCGAAGGGUGGGAAUGACGAGGAGACAUCGGGAGGUGGGACAGAACAGAAGAAGGCUGUUCCUGGCACGAAGAAAAAGGCACCGCCAAGGCCCGCCUCUGGGCCUAGUCUGAGGAGAAUGGGCUCUAAUGCAUCCCAAACCUCCAAACCAAGCAUGGUGCGCGCUUCUUCUGUGGAGAGUUCCAGCAGUGUUUCCUCUGGUAGGCCAGACAGCACGGGUGGUUCUGAGUGGAAGGCACCUCCACUCCCCAAGCGGCCUGGGCCCGGGCACCCCCUCUUCCACUAUCUGGCCUGUGAUGCACAUGGGAUUGCACAGUUUGACUAUGAAGCUGCUCAAGAGGAUGAAAUUUCUUUCAAAGCUGGAGAUGCUAUCCUCCUGAUAGAGAGAGUGAAUGCUGAUUGGCUGUUAGGAAGAGUGGGGAGCAACAAGGGCCUUUGUCCUCAGAGCUUCAUCAAGGUCGUCAUACCACUACCAGGGGAUGACCAGGACGGCACACCAGCGGCUCCAGGCAGCGGCCCCAGGGCUGUCGCUCUCUAUGAUUUUGAACCAGGUCAAUCUGAUGACCUGGGCUUCAAGAAGGGAGAAACCAUUUUCCUGUUGGGGAAGGUGGGGGCAGAGUGGUACCGAGGGAAGUGUGGUAAGAGGGAGGGGAUGUUCCCAGCUACCUACGUCAACAUAGUGGAGGACCUGCCCUGGAAGGAACCAGCUCAAGAAAAGGCUGACACAGUCAGGGGGCCUCGCUGCAAGGCCAGGUUUGACUUUGAGGGGGAGAGUGAAGGUGACUUGUCCUUUGAGGAGGGUGAUGUCAUCAGUCUUCUGGAGAGGGUCGGAGAUGAAUGGAUGAAGGGAGAGCUGAAGGGGAAGGCUGGAAUCUUCCCUCUGUCUUUUGUAGAGGUGGUGGAGAAUCUACCUCAGGACACAGUUAGUGCUUCUGCUGAUGGAGCUGUAGUGAAUGUACUGUAUGAUUUUGAGGGAGAAAGUAGUGAUGAACUUUCUGUAAAGGCUGGUAGGAAGUUGAAAGUUCUCAGUCUGGUCAGUGCUGAUUGGUUGCUAGGAGAGGUGGACGGGAGGCAGGGCAGGUUCCCAGCAUCCUUUGUUGACCACAUUCCCUCCAAUGUCCCAGCAGCCCCAGCAGAGCCAUCAGGGAAUGGGACACAAGGUUCUUCCUACUACAUUGCAAAGUAUGACUUUGUAGGCCAGAGUGAGGGGGAGCUGUCAUUCAAGGCAGGGGACAGGAUGUCCCUCAUCAGUGAGCUGGAUGCUGAUUGGCUGACAGUGAUGAUUGACAGUAAUGAGGGUGUGGUCCCAAGAUCUUAUGUGGAGCCUGCAGGAGGAGGAGGAGGAGAUGUUUCAGAUGGCUCCAGGCCCACUGCUUUAGUGCUGUAUGACUUUGAGGCAGUGCAAGAGGAUGAACUAUCACUGAAGGAAGGAGAGGAGGUUUAUCUUAAGGAAAUGUUCGAUGGUGAUUGGCUGGUGGGAGAGGUCAAAGGUCGCACGGGCCGGUUCCCUGUCGCCUUUGUUCAGGUCAUCACACCCUUGCCCUGAACGUGAGCUGUCAAUCAUGUCAAUCAUGCUAAGUCAAGUACAGUAACACCUAUUAUCAAGGGACUAGAACAAACGAUCAUAGUGGACAGAUGGUCACAGUACACCAGAUUCCUAAUGCUUGGGUCAAUGGGAAAAACUAUCUAAGGGACCUCCAAAAAGUGGCAACAAUUCUUAGCCAAGUGGUCUCUAUGCAUGGGUAGUACUGCUAGUACAGGUUUGACUGUAUAAUGAGAAAUGUCACAACUCCACUUGCAAGUUCAUGUACUUGCACCAAAAUAAGAACAUAUUUUUCCACUGCCCAAGAGCUACAAUACAAACUUUGCAGUCAAUAGGGAGGUAGUCUCUCUAUAUAAGCAUGGGGCAGAUCUUUAUAAUUACAUGAUGAAUGGUGUGAUGGUCCCUGCAAAUUGUGCAAAUGAUGAGUAUUUUCUCAAGCUGCAAACGGCACAAAAUGGCAAAGUGGCGACAAUGUUUUUUUUGCAUAUCUAGCUAAAAAUUCUGCCUCUACAGACAGGAUUCUUAAUGCAUGGGUCAAUGGGAUGUAUACUCCAAUGACCACCAAAGUGACAAACUGAUAACGGCCUGGUGGUCACUAUAGUACACUGUCAGGUGAAUUUUUAUCAACAGCAGCUCAUGACUAUCAUGAAGUGAUAUCUGAAGCAAAAGAUUAGUCAAAUUGCUAGUCUCAAGAAACAAGAGCUUACAUGGAGGUAGAUUAUCUGCUUGACUUUUGCUACUAAUAGAUAGGCAAAGAAAGAACAAAAAGCUCAUACUAUAGUUGUAAUGUUCCUACACAAUGUUGCAAGCAUGAGACUGGAUGGAAAUGCUAAUUGCUAAAAUGCAAACUGCAGUUUACUUGACCUGCAACCCUUCCUGUGACUCCCCUCAUUAAUUAAUCACAGAAGGAGAAUACCUAAAUAAGAUUUCUUUAUCAGCCUGCCAGUAUUCACUGCCACUGUACUAUCUAUGCAAACUAGUCAGUGUAGCAAAUGCUGAUAAAGACAGUGUAAUGUUAAGAGUUCAAGUUCCAUUGUAUGUAAACAUUGUCACAGUUGUUGUCUCGUCUACAUGUAAACUCCAGUGAAACAUGCCAAACUCAAUCGGUGCCAUCAGCUGUAAGCAAGCUAAGGGAAUAUUAACCAAGAAAAUUGUGCAAUGCGUUAGUUAUGAAUAUUGUAUAAGGAACAUUAUGAAGGUGUUUAUCGCAAUGGAAGAAGUACAUGUUAGUAAUUUUAAGUUUGCUGAUUUCAUUGAAUGAAUUGCCUCUACAAUUAAUAGUACUUGGUAACUUCUAUACAGAUAACUUUGUUUGAUACAUUUUGCAAUAAUGUACUUUGGCAUUACCAUAAUCAUCAUAUACUUUGAUAUAUAUAAGUGGUGUAGAUCAAGUAUAACCAUAUCAUACUCAUGAUAGUAAUGCACAAUUAUUAUAGUGUGCAUGAUAGUGACAUUAAUGAUGACAAUAAUAGUUGAAUUCUGCUUACAUUCAAAGUAAGAAAAUAAGUAGUAUAUAAACCUGUUUUAUCUAUCUAGUGUAUAACAAUAUCUCAUCUUUUCCCACCUAUGCGAUUUUCAAUAUUCAAUAUCGGUCAUUUAUCAUACAUAUAUAUAUUUCCCUGACAUUGCUACACUUAUUAACCCAACAUUGUUUUUGUUUUCAUAUCAAUCCUAUGCUGUGUGAAAAAGAGAUCUUUUGGUGAAAUUUAUAGUAUUUAUAUUUAGUUAUAAGCUAGGGUAUAUUCCGUUCUAUGCAAAAUAGUUAACUUUUUGUGUAUUUACUACAAUGUAGCUGGAAUGCAUUGUUAAGUUUAUUCAUUUGGGCUUCCUAUGUACUGUGCUUUAGUGUUUCUUGAAAUUUAUUUGUUGAAAUACAAUGUAUAUUGAAUUAUUUCUUGCCAA